AGGGAGGCAAGUGUCAGGCCGAUGUGCGGCCCGCGAGGGGCCGGGGUCGGGGCCGCCGGGGCCAUGCGCUCGGACUGGGCAGGGGGCCGGAGGGGCGCAGAGCGGAGCCGCCUCGGAGCCUGAGCCUCCGGGGCGAGGGAGCCGCGCGGGGCCGGCCGGCUGGGGGGAGGGGAGCGAUGCGGCGCCGGCGGGCGGCGGUAGCCGCGGGUUUCUGCGCCUCCUUCCUGCUGGGCUCCGUCCUCAACGUGCUCUUCGCACCGGGGUCGGAGCCUCCGCGGCCAGGCCAGUCCCCCGGGCCCUCGCCAGCCCCGGGCCCGGGCCGUCGCGGCGGCCGCGGGGAACUGGCCCGGCAGAUCCGAGCGCGCUACGAGGAGGUGCAGCGCUAUUCCCGCGGGGGCCCCGGGCCCGGGGCCGGCCGGCCGGAGCGGCGGCGCCUGAUGGACCUGGCUCCGGGCGGGCCGGGCCUGCAGCGUCCCCGGCCCCCGCGGGCCCCCCUGCCCGACGGCGCCCCGAGCUGGCCCCCGGCUCCCGGCCCGGGCUCCCCCGGCUCGGGCCCGCGCCUGGGCUGCGCCGCGCUCCGCAACGUGUCCGGCGCACAGUACGUGGGCUCGGGCUACACCAAGGCCGUGUACCGGGUCCGCCUGCCGGGCGGCGCCGCGGUGGCGCUCAAGGCGGUGGACUUCAGCGGCCACGAUCUGGGCAGCUGCGUGCGCGAGUUCGGGGCUCGGAGGGGCUGCUACCGGCUGGCGGCCCACAAGCUGCUCAAGGAGAUGGUGCUGCUGGAGCGGCUGCGGCACCCCAACGUGUUGCAGCUCUAUGGCUACUGCUACCAGGACAGCGAGGACAUCCCGGACACCCUGACCACCAUCACAGAGCUGGGUGCCCCUGUGGAGAUGAUCCAGCUCCUGCAGACUUCCUGGGAGGACCGCUUCCGAAUCUGCCUGAGCCUGGGCCGGCUCCUUCACCACCUGGCCCACUCCCCACUGGGCUCGGUCACUCUGCUGGACUUCCGCCCCCGACAGUUCGUGCUGGUGGAUGGAGAGCUAAAGGUGACAGAUCUGGACGACGCACGCGUGGAGGAGACGCCAUGUGCAAGCAGUGCUGACUGCAUCCUGGAGUUUCCGGCCAGGAACUUCAGCCUGCCCUGCUCGGCCCAGGGCUGGUGUGAGGGCAUGAAUGAGAAGCGCAACCUCUACAAUGCCUACAGGUUUUUCUUCACAUACCUCCUGCCCCACAGUGCCCCACCCGCACUGCGGCCUCUGCUGGACAGCAUUGUCAACGCCACGGGAGAGCUCAGCUGGGGAGUAGACGAGACUCUGGCCCGGCUGGAGAGAGUGCUGCACCUGUUCCGGAGCGGGCAGUAUCUGCAGAACAGCUCAGCAGGCAGCAGAGCCGUUGUAUUACAGAAUAUAUGUUGGCUCCUCUUUCCUUCCUCUGCCCUUCUGGGGCUAGGAGGGAGGCUGGAGGAGGCUGCGAUUCCACACCGAAACCAGCCAAGAAGCCCAGGAGCACGGGGAGAAUUGCAGCCCCCAGCCGUCGUCGUUCUGCUGAGGCCCUGGGGUUUAUCAUGGCUGGCAGGGGGGCCAGGAGUGGGCAGCCUCUGUAUUCAAGGAGCUCUGGCCAGUCUUAGGGGUGGGGGAGCCCUCGUUAGCCCUGUAAAUAAAGUUUAACGAGGUGAACAAUGGCUGGCUCUGUCCCUGAGGACGCCGUUUAUGGGGCCAUAAAUCACAGCCAGCCCUGGACUUUGGUCUAGUCCCUGGUAGAAGAAGGAGGCAGGAGGGCGGGGUGGCCAGAGGCCCAGGGCUUCUGCAUUAUCAGUCCCGAGCUGGGGCUCCCCAGGCAGCAGGAAGGACUCAGGUGAACGAGCAGCUUCCUGAUUGAGGAGCUCGCAGAGCCUCUGGGGGCUCUUUCUGUAUAAUGGGAAGAUUUUUCCUCCAGCUUCCUCCCCCAGACACCAGAGCUGUGGAUUCCCCAAUGGUCAUUUUUGUGUUUCACAUUCAUUUGCAUUCCUCAUAACUUCAGAAAUCCCCAACUGCUCCCUCCCUGAGGAGCUUGCCUCAUCUCUCUCCCUAAGGCCCAAAGGAAGCAGGACCCAGGGGUGCUCUAAACUCUUGCUACUCAAAGUGUGGUCUGCAGACCAGCAGCACCAGAAGCUGGUUAGAAAUGCCCACCCCCAAACCCCACCCCUGACCCCCUAAAUCGGGAUCUGCAUUUUAGCAAGAGUCCCUGGAGAUUCACAGGCACACUGAAGUUUGAGAAGCCCGGCUUUAAAUGUCCAAAAUGUCCCGACCUCAAGCUCUGCGUGUGCGUUUAUCCCACGAUGCACCCGCUGUCAGGUGCUGUCCGAACCCACUGUGCACCCUCAGAUUUGGGAGCUGUGGGUCUCCCAAAAACCGAACCUGAGCUUUGCCUUUACUGGGUGCUCAGCCCAGUUCCACAGCAGUAGCUGCCUUCAUCCCCAUGCGAGGGUGACUGGGCUAGCUUUCAGCUUUCAGUUAGGAAAUGAGUCUUAGCCCUUUCCAGGAAGCGGCCCCAGCCCUCCUGCCUGGAAACACAGAGCUCUCAUUCGAGCUCCAUCCCCAACCCCACAGAGUACCAGCGCCUCCCAGACAGCGCCAUCCCCCAGGAAGACUACCGCUGCUGGCCCUCCUACCACCACGGGAGCUGCCUCCUCUCGGUGUUCAAC